AUGACCGAUUUCGUCAGCAAACAGUUGAUCAGGGCAAUCCAAGCAUCCCUUCAAAAUCACGGUAACCAGCUUCAGGAGAUCAACCAAAAAAUAUGGUCAAAUCCAGAGCUUGCUUACAAUGAAUUCAGCGCGCAUGACAAUAUUUGCGCGCUUUUCGAUAGUCUAUCUAAACAGACACUUUCACCAAACUAUGGGGUUCGUCGAAAAACGUAUGGCCUCGAUACAUCUUUUGAAAUAGAGUAUAAACAUGGAAAUGGCGGGCGAGUGAUAGUCUUUAAUGCGGAGUACGACGCUUUACCUGGAGUCGGCCAUGCCUGUGGUCACAACCUGAUCGCGACAAGCUCCAUCGCUGCCUUUAUUGCUACUGUAGAGGCGAUGCAGAAAAGCUUUUCGGACCUACCGGGGUAUACGGUCAGACUACUCGGCACACCAGCAGAAGAAGGUGGUGGCGGUAAAUUGAAGCUCAUCGAUGCCGGAGCAUACAACGCAGUUGAUGCUUGUCUCAUGGUCCACCCUGUCACACUAGGUCACAACGAUGCUUCCGUUCAGGGUCUACAGACAGCAGGACCGGAAGGCUUUCUAGCUAACAACAAGGUCAGAGUGAAAUUCAGUGGAACGACUGCGCACGCGGCCGGCACCCCGUGGGAGGGAGUCAAUGCCCUUGAUGCUGUGGUGUCCUCCUAUGUGAAUGUCUCAAUGUUGCGACAGCAAAUUCUUCCCACACAACGGGUCCACGGAAUUAUCUCAAAUGGUGGCCAUCGUCCAAACGUGAUCCCGAAUGAAGCAGUGCUAGAGUACUAUAUUCGGUCGCCAGAUACGAAAACGUUGAAGCCAUUGACUGAUCGAGUGAUUAACUGCUUUGAAGGAGCUGCGAAGGCAACUGGGUGUAAGGUCGAUUAUGAAUGGAUCAACAAUUACAUGGAGUUGAAAAAUAAUCAGCCUAUUUGCGAAACUUAUGCGGCAACUUUGAAUGCCAUUGGUCAAGAGUGUGCGCUUGACGAUCGUGGAGUAAAGGGGUCUCUUGAUGGCGCUUCGACCGACAUGGGAAAUGUCAUGCACGUUGUACCCGGGCUCCAUGCCCUAUUCCCAAUUCCAACCGAAGGCGGGGCCGGAAACCAUACGCAUGGCUUUACCUCUGGUGCAGGGUCUACAGAGGGUCACAAACGAAGUCUUGUAUGUGCCACUGGAAUGGCUGCAGUGGCAUGCCGAAUUUUGGCUGACUCUGAAUUCGCAAAAUCUGUACGAGUCGAUUUUGAGAAAGCCCGAUGA